CCGUCAGCAUUGGAGCAAUUGCAACUCCUGUUCAAAUUGUCUGUUCGAACUGUCGAGCUGUUAUUAUUCUUGUUGAUUAUUAUUGUUGAGCGAAGAGACGUCGGUUGGUGCAAUAUUCCCCAAUGGCUCCGCGCCAAGCAGGGAGCCAGGCGGGACGAGUCGUUAGUCGGCGCCUAUUUUAGCAGGCGAUCGUCUGGUGGUGACGAGUCGUUUUCCGCGUUAUCCACCGCGACUGCUGUUUGCCAUCUUGGUCGAUCCGUCCUGCCGGUUCCAGGACAAUAG